UGUUUAUUUCAAUCACGCGUGAAUGAGAAGUUGAUCGUGUGUCUGCCCAGUGUUUGUUCGGAUAUCUACUUUGCGGCGGAACUUAUGGCUCAAGGCUGUUUCCACACGGACCAUAUAGCCAGUCGUGCCAUCGUUUCACGUGCAGUCUAACAGUCGAUUAUCGUUUCUCUUAAUUUGAGGGUGAAGAAGUUUUGACCUGGCGAAAACGGCGCACCCAAAUAACCUUGACGAUUCAUGGCCUCUCCCGCUACACAAAACGACAGCGACGAUGACGACGUUUUCGCGGAAGCGUUCAAGCGCCACAAAUACAAAAAUGCCUUCAACGAAGAAAAUUGGGAAGAGGAGUUUGAUAAAAUACCCAUGUUCAUGAAAACGGUACCUGAUGAGAUAGACCCCAAUGAAUAUCCAGAGCUAGCUCAUAUCCAGGCUAUCAUCCACGAUGAAGACAGGACCCCAGCAGAAAAAGCACAAAGUUUAAAGGAUGAGGGCAAUGCAUUUUUCAAGGAGAAGAACUACCAAAAGGCCAUUGUGGCAUACACAGCAGCUUUGAAAAAUAAGUGUGGUGACCAAGACCUGGAUACUGUUCUUCUCACCAAUCGAGCAGCAGCGCACUUUCAUCUUGGCAACUUGCGAUCUUCACUGAAUGAUGCUACAACUGCAAAGAAGAUCACACCAGGCCAUCUUAAAGCCUUGAUUAGAGGUGCUCAGUGUUGCAUGGAAUUGCGUAACUUUGCUACAGCCAUUCAGUGGUGUGAAGAAGGCCUUAAAGCUCAUCCUACAGACAAGAAGUUACGGGACCUAAGAACAGCAGCAGACAAACACAAGAGGUCAGCAGAAAGAGAUGCUCGAAAGGCCAAGGUCAAAGAAAAGAAGUUAAAUAAUGAGAAAGAAGCUAUUAUGGCUGCGAUAAAGGAGCGAGGAAUCAAGCUUCUCCAGUCUGUGAAGCCUUGUCAGUCAGAUUCAGAUGCUGAGGAUGAUGACAAAGAGUCUUUGACUGCAAUAGCCGAGUUGAGCCUGGAUGGUCUCAGCUCACACAAGGCCACGGGAGCUCAGGUCUUCCUGGAUGAGCAGCACAACCUGCAUUGGCCUGUGCUCUUCCUCUAUCCGGAGCAUCAGCAGAGUGACUUCAUCUCUGCUUUCUGUGAGAACAAUAGUUUUUUAGAUCACUUUGCUGUCAUGUUUGGGGAAGAACUCCCUCCUUGGGAUGUGGACCGAAAAUAUCACCUGCAAAAUUUGCAGCUGUUCUUUGAGGAUGAGGAGAGGGAGGCGCUCUACAAAGUUGACCCAGAAACUUCACUCUUAAAAGUGUUGCAACACAAAAGGUUUUUUGUCAAGGUUGGUACGCCCAGCUUCAUCAUUUUGGUGAAUGGCUCAUCAUUCUGGAAGCAGUUUUUAACAGGAAAGAAAAUACGUGCAUUGUGAGAAUGCUGCCCUUCAGUAUGUACUUUGUAUACAGUAAUCCCUCGCUCUAAUGCGGUUCACCUUCCGCGCUUCGCUGUUUCACGGAUUUUUUUCGUGCAGUUUUUUUA